AUGGACCACGUAUCUACCCUCUGUGCUUUAAGCACCGUCGGAAUCGCACCCACUGGCCUUGCCUUGGGCCAAAUUGAUCGCAAAAAAUCGCGCUUGCGACAGAAAACAUUACCUCAUAUUCGGCCCCUUUCCCUUGACGCAAUCACCCCGGACGAAGUGCGACCAAGCACUUCUCGGAUCGGCCACCCCGCGGCCCAGAAACCACACAAUGAGAAUCAUGAUAAUCAGCCUUCACGGGGUCUCCCUUUACGCAGGGCUUCAUUUUCUUUUGGAGCAGCUAGAAUGCGUCGCCGCAGGCAGACCAUGACAACAACUCCAGUACAGAUCCGCGAGAACGAGGCGACCGCAUCGUCAGUACGGCGACCAUCAACUAGCUGGCUGCGGCGGCUAUCCAUCGUCUCUUUUCAAACCGACAGUCCUGCCGCCAACAGCCCAGUAACACCGUCUUUCCAUGGCUCUGAGAGCCCGAUUCUGCCCGGCCCACCCAGCCACCAGCGCAAACCCCCCAAUAAAUUAACCAAGCGCCCGUCGUCCCAACGAUCCAAUGUCAGCCCCCUGUUUGCCAACCCACCCGGGUCUGCUGCGGCCUUACGUAGACCGGCAACCAGCUAUCAACGGUCCGAGACAUCGCGCGUGCAAUUUCCUCUUGUCACAGACUUUGAAUCUCGUGGCGCCGAGGGCUCGGAGUCUCUAGCAGCAAUGAGCAAGUUUCAAAUUCAUGCCCAAACUGAAUGGGAGCCAUAUUUGUUUUCCCGCAGUUCGAAAUCGCAAUCAAGGCACAUUGUACCUGAUCCUAAUACAUUGCCCGUCCUGGUUCCUGCGCCCUCGGUCAUAACCAGAACUGCGUCCAUGCCGAACAAUAGUCUCUCCGAGCCUAUCACCCCGCAAGUAGUGGCAUUCCGUGAUCCAUUUCAAGGUUCAAAAGACCAGAUCACACCGCUGCCUGUCCCAAUUGGGCGAUCUGCUCAUAAACACUCAUACUCACUCAACGAUGGGGAACCGAAGAGAAUCGUUGUGAACACAGUGACUGCAUCCGGAGCGCCUCUUCUGGGCCGGCCUCGUGGGGGAUCUCUGAAGCGCGUCAAAGGAAGAACUUUCUCUGUCCCUCGCUCCGAGCUUUCGAAGCCUGACACGACGUCAAUUGACGUGCCACUCUCACCCCCGCGUAAUCUGCAACGGCCACGACGAAAUAUCACUGACCCCAGUAUCUUCCGUCAACCGCAUGCUCUCUCUCCUCCUAAUCUCUCCUUAGCUGGGUUCCCAAGCAGCUCUCAAGUAGGCCCCCGAUCAGUGUCACAGGACUAUAGUAUCGGUUUACAGCGCAACCGUCCGUUAACGUCCGAUGCUGUCGCACUCUCUACUUGGCAGCACGCCUGUCGUUCAGAAAACCAUCCAUAUUCGUCUCUUCGCCGCCGGCCCAAGAGACACUCGAUUGCAGCUUCGGAUCCACCAUCAACAGUGAUUGGCUCUGACGACACCCGAGUAUUCACCUCCAGUGAUGAAUACGAGACUGACAUCAUGACGGACUAUUGGGAUUCGAUCCGCACGCGGGAAGUCGGACGGGGCGAUCUUAAGGGGCUGCGAAUUGAGACGAUGUUUGAUCAAGUAGGGGCGCGGCUGUCGAAUGAGGAAGUUACCACCCUGGAAGAUUUGUUACCACAUGGUUCAUUCGCAUCCCGCUUGGAAAGAGACCCGUCCCUCUUCACUGGCUCUCUUCUUCCUCCCAUUCCUGUUCACAUUGACGAUGAAACAUCCUUAUUCGAAGGUGAAGCGGAAACGCACAGUAUGAUCGAUGACUUGCCGGCUGAUCUCGAAAGAGCUCCUCCAGCCAUGUCCAACCGAGAAGACGAUGAAUUUCCAGAGUUUCCCCCUGACCUUCCACCAAAGGAGCUGAAAAGUCAAAAAAUGAACAUUUUUGACUGGUCUGAGCAGUCGCGCCCAGAUCGUGAUCUGUCAGACUCUGAGACACGGCCAAGAACGGUUCAUGGAAAGCAAAACGGCGUUGACCGAGGAAGCCGAACUGCCUGCCGUAAAGUUCCAUCGACGAUUCACUUAAGGAGCCAAAGUGUGCCUGUUGCCAGAGAGGUGGCUACAAAUGACUCACGUCAAAGCUCCGGCAAAUUCGGUACAUGGGGUCUAGGGACGAAGGGAGUGAGUGAAGAUUGGGACAGUGACUUUGAAUUUGAGGAUGAAGAUGACGCCACCCCAAGUCAAGAGACGAAGUCAACUGAACCCGAGGCAGGGGCAGCACAGAGGAUGGCUGUGCCUCAGGCCAUUCUUGAGCGGCAGGCCAGCUUGCGGGGUCAAUUUGGCCAGGUGCAAGAGCUCACACUGUUGGUGGAGGAACUCAAACGCCUGAGACAUCAGGCGAGUGUGCUCGAUAUUCUCAGUGGACCGUCGAGUGAAUUAUGGAAAGAAGCCGAAGGGAUUGUCAAUUUGGCGACUAUUGACGAUGAGGAAGAUCACCGCUCUCCCCCCGGUUCACCUUUGUCCCUCACCUUUAGUUUCGACGACUCGGAUGAGGAAACGUUGAAUGGGAAACGCAACAGUGCUACCUCCUCACAACCGGCUGUCCAACCUCAUAGCCAAGCUCUCAAACCAUUUGCCCGGGAUUCGCCCAAGUCGAAGUCUGUCCUUGACAUUCUCCAGCCUGAACAACGCCCAGACGCUACCAGACUGAACACAUCACGACCUCAGAAGCUUCCGUUCGAUACAUCCUCCCUGCGAGAUUUGGUUGUUCGCGCAGGCGUGGUAACUCGUGCCCUCAAGGAAGUGAUUCGUAAAGUCGAAGGCGUUGAUUCUAACCCCGAGAGCAUGUUUCCCUCUGAUCCCCCUUUCCGACGAAUCUUCGAUCAACCUUCUCAUGAUGAUUUAGCGAGCUUUGACGCCGCAUUGGCAGAAAUGCGCUGA